CCACCAAGCAGCUGCAGGCAAGUCACGACGUUGGAGGCGGAGGUGGUACACAGAGAGAGAGAGAGAGAGAGAAAGGAGAGCGAUGGUGACGGCGCUCGGACCAACACCGCUUGUAGUCAGCACCAAUAAGGACUCUCCAACCACUUUCCAUGCUCCUGGUCCUACGCCCGCGAAACGACGCUCGGCCUCGUCCGUGCCCAAUCCGUCGAAGCGGCAUAGCACCAUGAAGCGAUACUUGAGCGACGAGGGUUCCGACGAGGACAACAAUGGAGACGAGGGCGGGGUCAAGAGGGGCACGCCGCAGGCCAGCGUUCCAAAUUCCCCGCAGAGAAUAAAGAGCAGUCUCAAGGGCGGAGCGGCUUCACUCCCAGGCGUGACAUCCUCGCCCACGGAUGGCUAUCGAAGAGGAAUGUAUAUUUCCUUUGUGGACAAUGCGCUGGCUGAGCGCAUGAGAGGUAACGAGGCUUCUUACAACGAGCUCGUCGCUCAGUUUAAGCUGUCGGACCCAUCGAGGGUCAGCACGGGCCCGAACCCAACCCAACUUCUCUCCUGGCUCGGCGCAUUGACGCACGUCGUUUCUUCGCUCGACAAGCGCUCUCACUCGCUCCUCAUCGACUCGAUCAUAUCUCUCCCUUGGACGACGAUGGGUGGCGAUGUCUUUGCCAGGACCUGGACUCGGUUCGUGUGCGCCUUGUGCAGUACCAGAAGCGAGUGGCUCUCCACUGUCCUCAACCGUGCGGUACAGGGUCUUACCUAUCGAUCGGAUUGGAGAGCAUUGGCAUACGCAAGCGCAGCUGCCACGACGUCGCCCUCGACGGGCGCACCCACGCGUCGCGUCAUCUACGGCCGCAUUCACUCGUUGCUCCGUUCGCUGCUCUCGCUGAUUCCGACGAUGCCCUCGGUCCUGCAGCCGCUACUGCUGCGUCAUCUCCCUCGAAAGCGCGACGGCGUCAAGCACUUUACCGUCUACGUCCGCAACGCGCUGCAGGUGUGCGAGUACGCCGACGAGCUCAAGCAAGGCGUUCUGGCCGCCAUUGUCAGCAAGGCCAUCGAGAUCGACGUCGAGAUCCAGAUGGACUACGAGGAACUCGAAGAUCUCGAAGGCGACGACGACGGCGACGACAUGGAUAGUGAUGCAGAAGAAGAACAUCGGGCGGACGAGGAGGACCCCUUCGAUGGCGCCCUCGACGAUGAGGACGUGGAUGACAGCGAAUCAGAGGGCGAGGACGUGAAUCUCGACGACCUCGAUUCUGGAGACGAGGACGGAGAAGAAGAGGGAGAAGAGCAAGAAGAGGGCAAGGGGAAAAGGAAGCCGUUAAACCGCAGCAAGGAGGCAAUGGCAAAGGUGGCCAACGCGAGAAAGCUUAGCGCCAAGCUCGACGCCAUCAUGACGGAGGUCUUUGCCCAUCUCGAAGGUUUCGACAAGCGCUGCAUGAGCGUAUGUAUGGGUGGCAGCGAUGUGAAGACACCCACGCUGGAACGCUCCUCGUCGACGAGCUCGAUCACAUACGCACCUCUGUCCUUUUCGAGGGCCUCGGUGCUCCGACAGGAGCAAUUCUACCUCCUGGCCGCCCUCUUCCAGCGCAUGGUGCUGCCGACAUUCAAGUCCCGCAACGUGCAAUUCCUCCUAUUCUGGGCCUCUUCCCUCGAUCAGGAAUUCAGCGACGUGUUUUUGGGGCACCUCAUGGAGAAGGCGCUGGUCGGCCGGGGAGAGGAUUCAGACUAUGCCACGGUCCAGGAGGAGCCAGCCAUCAUUCGGAUAGCAUCGGCAUCCUACGUCGCCAGCCUGGUGUCUCGAGCCAAAUUUGUCCCUCGCGACCAGGUCCGAGCCGUCGUCGAUCAUCUGUGCGUCUACUUGGACGCGUACCUGAGCGAGCACGCGUCGGCGUAUGCGGCCAUGGCCUCGUCUACCACCCACGGCUUUGGUGCUGCCGAGGGCCCUCAUGCCGUCUUUUACGCCGUGGCGCAGGCCGUCUUCUACAUCUUCUGCUUCCGAUGGCGGGACUUGCGUAUACCCACGCCUGCUGGUCCUACGCCCAAGGUGAGCGUGUCGAUGUCGAGCUCGAGCGAGGCCGACGAGAUGGACGACGAAGGUGCGGGCACGCCCUGGCGGUGGGCCGACAGCCUUGCCAUUGUCCAGCGCGUCAUCAUGUCGCCAUUCAAUCCCUUGGCCAAUUGCACAUCGGCCGUUGUUAACCAGUUUGCGAGCAUCGCCCAGCACACGGGCUUCCUCUACUGCUACAGCAUCAUCGAGCGAAAUCAGCGCUCUGCCACGACUAAAAAAAGCCGAGACGCCUCGUCGCCGUCGUCGUCGGACGGUUCCUCCACGUCGAGCAACGAGGACGGCGAACAGAAGAAGCAGGUUCAGACGACGCAGACGGCCGACCGGCUGGACACCUUCUUUCCCUUUGAUCCCUAUCGCCUCCCGUCCAGCUCCAAAUGGGUUGAGCCGCUGUACCGUCCCUGGUCCGAGGCUGCACCACCGGGACUUGCCGGCGAGGAGUCCGACUCGGAAGACGAUGACGACGAGGAUGACGAGGAAGAGGAAGAGGAGGAGCCUCAGGGACUCAAGAUCCCAAGCAUGACUUCUUCGCGUCCGAGAAAGCGCGGCGCUGCCGAAUUUGGCAGCUCGCUGGGGACGAGCCAGAGCGCCUCGACAUCGACGGACCAGAGCGACAUCUCGCAGAGUCUGGACGCCAUGAGCAUCUCCCAGUAGCCGACUUCAUUUAUACUGUACAUUCACUCCAUAAUUUCAACGGCUCAUUAGUUAUAGUUUGUAGACAAGCACAGCUACUAUUGUUACAAUGGCACUUGACCAGCAC